AUGUCUUUCUUCAAUCGAUUAUUUAAAUUUCGAAUAUUCAAAUUUCGUACGACUCUUUCCGAAGAACUUGAAGAUCUUCAUACAGAGUCACUCCAUGUACAGCAGAGUUUAACACAAACACGUCUGCUUCAACGAAAAUGGACGAAAUCAUUUGCUAUUUAUGCUAUUAUUGCAUAUUUAACUUUGAACAUUGUUUAUUUUACUAUUUUUCUUUCGCAUGAUUAUCUUAUUCGCACUUAUGCAGUCAUAGUUUCUUUGGCAUUUGGGGCUUUACUCUAUGGAAUACAUUGGCUUAUCUGUUGGUAUUUUCGAACUGCUAUUCAAAUGAAAGAAGAUCGAUUAGCAUCGUUCAAAGAUCGAAAACAAGAAUUGAUUGAAGAAGUAAAAAAUAAAGAAACAUAUGCAGUAGCUAAAAAUCUAAUAGAAAAAUAUGGUGAAACAGUCACACUAGAAGUUCGACCAACACUAGCGGAAAAUAAUAAUAGAGAUCUACGUCAACGUGGAUCAGCCAAACCAACAUUACCCGGUUCAGACAAAGCUUCUGUUCCUGUUCCACCGCCUAACAUUGGUACAUUAGAAACAUUUAAUCCACAGUCAUCUAUACCUAAUGGAUCGAAUCGUUCAACUGCAAAUCCUAUACCUGGUAAAUUACCACGAACAAUUUUGCCACCACAACGAACAUUCUGGGGAGCAAUUCUUGAUGCUAUUGUAGGUGAUGGUCCAUCGAAACGUUUAAUUUGCGACGAGCGUUUACAUGAACGAUGGAAAUUUCGAUUUCGUUAUGCAUUAAUCUGUAAAUCUUGUAAUAGUCAUAAUGGCAUGGCAUUAGAAGAAGAAUUUGAAUAUAUAUCUUUUCGUUGUGCAUAUUGCAAUUAUUUCAAUAGUGCUCGUAAACAAAAACCAGUCUUUCAUGGUAGUGUUGUUGCACAUGAUCCUCAAACAACAACGACAAGUCCAACACAAAAUGAAUCUAAUGUUGAACGUAUAGAAUCAUCAACUUUUGAAUCAUCUAAUUCUAAUGAAGAUAGCACAGGCUUGAAUAUCACAUGUCGAUCGAUUCCUAUCCCAACUUCAGACGAUACCAAUGAAUCUUCAUCUCGUUUUACAUCAGUUGAAAAUCAACGAGAAAAUAAUUCAGCAUUAUCAUCAUCGCAAGAAAAUUGA